UGCCUCCCAUCCUCUCCAGCCGAACAGGUCAUCCGGCUCCUUGUCCAGGUCACACCAUGAUGUGGGUUGUCUUGCCUCUCCUCCUGGGGCUGUCCUCCGCCCUGCCCCAGGCGCCCUCCACCGGCUACGUCCUCCCCCAGCCUGCCGGAGGCGCCGCCCAACUCUCCCUCGGAACCGCCCCCAGCCCCCAGCCCGCCGCGCCCGUCAUCCAGCUGCCUAACGCCCUCGCCCAGGUCAUGCAGGCCGCCCAGGCUCACCUUGCCUCCGCUCCUACUGCCCCUGCUGUGCCUGCUGCGCCUGCCGCCCCUACUGCCCCUGCUGUGCCUGCUGCGCCUGCUGCGCCUGUAGCUCCAGUUGCACCAGCCGCUCCUGCUGCCCCUGCUGCGCCUUCUGUACCUGUUGCGCCUACUGCCCCUGCUGCGCCUGUCGCUCCCACUGUUCCUGUUGCCCCUGCUCUUCAUUCUGCUCCAGCUGCCCCUGCUGUACACUCUGUUCCUGCUGCGCCUGCGGUACAUUCUGCCCCAGCUGCUCCUGCUGUACACUCUGUUCCUGCUGCGCCUGCUGUACAUUCUGCCCCAGCUGCUCCUGCUGUACACUCUGUUCCUGCUGCGCCUGCUGCUAGC